AAAGAACAGAUUUUGGUUAUGAUAAAGAUUUUGAUAUCAGAUAUACAAUUGGCAAAUUGUUGGGUCAUGGUCAAUUUGGUUAUACAUAUGUUGCUACUGAUAAGGGUAAUGGAGAUCGAGUUGCUGUCAAGAGAAUUGACAAAAAUAAGUUGAAGAUUCUGAGAAGAUCCUUAAAGGGGUUUUUGCCUUUUGUUAUAGAUAGGUUCUCAUUUUGUUUAUUUCUGUUUUGAAUACUGACUCCUCUUUACUUGAAAAUCAAGGGUCUACCAGGUCCCACCCAUCAUCCCUUCUGUUUCAUAAAUCCCCAUUUUCUCUUAUAUUUAGAGUGCUUCAGAAAUCUUUUGCGUUUGGGAAUUCUAUUCCUUAAUGAUCGUUGACUUGUUGGGUUACUUUUUUGCACAUUAGGGAUGUUAUCAUGUUGGGUGCUAGGACAAGCACUUUCUAGUGAUACUCAUAUUAACCUGGUUCUUACUGGUUUGAUGGGCUAAAGCUUGAUCGAGUAUCCACAUCCGUAUGCAAUUAUUGCAAGUUUGGUUUUGGUGAAUACAUAGCAUUAUUUUGCUAACUAUGAGCUUUGUUGCUUUUAUUGUUGCUAGUAUUUAUCUUUAAGCAGUCGAGAAUUAUAGCAUGACAAUUAAAGGCCUUUCAGAUGGUGAAAUUUAGUUGGAGAGUACAGGUCUGAGAAUUUGCAUUAAAUUGUGAAUCACUUGUUUUAGACUAGGCAGGGUCUGUUCUCUCUCUCUCUCUCCCUCUCUCCCUAUCGAAGAAAGCAGAAAUGUUUAUUUUUUAUUCAAAAAUAGGUGGAUAGGAAUGUUCUUACUACUACAUAUCCUAGCCCAUAAUGUUGUUUUGUGUAUGCCUUUCAAAUGGAAAGCUACAAUUGUGUUCAUUGGUAGCUUUGUUCCAUUCAAUCAUCUUAAUUUUUCCCUCUCAAAUUACCAGGUGAGCGGUAAUGUUUUGUUUCCUUCUUCAGUUCGGGUAAAUGAAGUUUUUAGCCAUUAGUGAUUCAGAUGGUUCUUCCUAUUGCUGUAGAGGAUGUUAAACGAGAAGUCAGGAUAUUGCAAGAACUCACAGGCCACGAGAAUGUAGUUCAGUUUCAUAACGCAUUUGAGGAUGAUUCUUAUGUAUAUAUUGUUAUGGAAUUAUGUGAAGGUGGAGAGUUGCUAGAUCGGAUAUUGGCAAAGAAAGACAGUCGUUAUACUGAGAAAGAUGCAGCAGUAGUAGUGCGACAGAUGCUAAAAGUUGCAGCUGAAUGUCAUUUGCAUGGCUUGGUGCACCGCGACAUGAAGCCUGAGAAUUUUCUUUUCAAGUCAACCAAGGAGGACUCGCCUCUUAAAGCCACGGAUUUUGGUUUGUCAGACUUCAUAAAACCAGGCAGGAAGUUUAAAGAUAUUGUUGGCAGUGCCUACUACGUUGCACCUGAAGUAUUAAAACGCAAUUCUGGACCUGAAUCAGAUGUCUGGAGUAUUGGUGUGAUUACAUACAUUUUGCUAUGUGGGAGGCGUCCGUUUUGGGAUAAGACUGAGGAUGGUAUAUUUAAGGAGGUUUUAAGAAACAAGCCUGAUUUUCGCCGUAAACCAUGGCCAACCAUUAGCACUAGUGCAAAAGAUUUCGUGCAGAAGUUACUGGUGAAGGAUCCUCGUGCAAGACUUACUGCUGCUCAAGCUCUAUCACACCCAUGGGUCAGAGAAGGAGGAGAUGCAUCUGAGAUCCCUAUUGACAUAUCUGUCCUGAGUAACAUGCGACAAUUUGUGAAGUACAGUCGUUUGAAGCAGUUUGCUCUAAGGGCAUUGGCAAGCACGAUUGAUGAAGAGGAACUAGCUGAUCUUAAGGAUCAAUUUGAUGCCAUUGAUGUGGAUAAAAAUGGUGCUAUUAGUCUUGAAGAAAUGAGACAGGCCCUAGCUAAAGAUCUUCCUUGGAAGUUGAAAGAAUCACUUGUCUUAGAAAUUGUUCAAGCGAUUGACAGUAACACUGAUGGACUUGUAGAUUUCACUGAGUUUGUUGCAGCUGCUUUGCAUGUCCAUCAAUUGGAGGAACACAACUCUGAGAAGUGGCAGCUGCGGUCGCAGGCUGCUUUUGAGAAAUUUGAUAUUGAUAGAGAUGGAUAUAUAACUCCAGAAGAACUUAGAAUGCACUCAGGCUUGAGAGGUUCUGUUGACCCACUUCUUGAGGAGGCUGACAUUGACAAGGAUGGUAGAAUAAGCCUUUCAGAAUUCCGUAGACUUCUAAGAACUGCUAGCAUGAGUUCGCAAAAUGUGCCAGACCCAUCUGGGCACCGGAAUUCAAAAAAACUAUAGAUAAGAAUUGCACUUUUAAAGAUUGAGACUAGCGAGGAAGCUAGAGAAGUGGAGCUCCUUCUGUGGAAGCUGACCUUCUAGGUUACACUACACCAAUUUCCCAAUAACCAUCCUACCAGGCUCACCUCUUUCUGAAACUCAUUUGGUAAUUGGUGCAUAUCCCAGUUGAUUGGAACAACAGUGCUUGCUUGAAGUUAAAAGUGCUUAUUGAAAGUUGAAGCUGAUAGAGGGGGUGCCUUUUUUAAGCACGUGACGUUACUACAUGUUAAUUGUAGUUGCGAGACACAAGAUGAGCAUUCCAGUUUCGAAAUUUUCAGUAUUAAUACUGAAACUUCAGUUGUACUCCAUUUCUCGUAAUUUUAUACUUGGAAUCCUGUGUUGAUAUAUAAUGUAAUGUUAACCUCCCCCCACCCCACCCGUGUAGAGGCAUAUAAUGGUAGUAGAGUGGAUGUUAAAAUAGGACUCUCUUAGCAGAGAUUGAAUAAAGCUACGCAUGAUACAUAUUGCAA